GAACUCUGAGUGCGAGUUGAGCCCAUCCUCACAACAUCAAACAAAAAGUAGAAGAAGAAACUCAACGAAUAGCUGGUGGAUUCUAGAACUUUCUGUAAAUGCAGCAGGUGCCAUUUUUGUUUUAUCAACGGACGGAGAUGGAUUACGAACUUGCAAGUCCUGGUGUGCUCUGUUCACUUUCAACCGAGGAACUCUUAACAAAAAUACAAGAGUGGGGCUUAGAUGUCACCGAAGCUGAAGCUCAGCGUUUCAGAGACAAUGAGGUUGAUGGUGACACAGUUGACUGCGGUCUUACUGAGACUAUGGUUGCAUACCUUUUCCAAGGAUCCUUCAAAAAGCAGGUUAAAUUCAACCAAUUUGUGUCAAGGAUGAAGGAAUCUUCAGUGACGCUGACUCUACAGACUGUCUCUCCAGAAGACUGGCAACCAUCUACUUCGUCAACUUCAAUAAGCAAUGAAAAUACUUUGAGACUGCCAGCCUCUUUUGAAAUUCCAAGAUUUCCCAAAAAUCUGCAACUAAAACUGGACAACAAAGAACCGUGCCAUAAAAAUCCGAGGGACAGACACACAAUAAUCAGAGUUCUAUAUGAAGCUGUGGCACAGUAUACUAUGUAUCCCACAAAUUCUGAAUAUGUGCAAGCUGUGAAGACGCUGGUAAUGAAGUAUCCUUUCCUCAAGGAUCGUGAGGGAAAUGGUUAUCACACAUGGCAUAUGUCUUUGAGACGUAAAUUCAAAUCAGAGCGGGCACCACUAGUCGACAGUGAGGCAGUGAGGCGUUGUAAGGAGAAGUUUGGUUCUACGAGGAGAGGGCAGCCUAAUAAAUGUCAACGAACAAGUCAGAGAAAUGUUUGUCAGGUUGGUGUGAGGGACAUCUUGAGCUAUAAAAUGUUCUUGCAUCUGUUAUUACAUCUAAAACUAAGGAUUAGGGAUGCAACUGUACCCCUUUUUUCAAACUGAAACAAUACCAAUACUUGGAUUAGAGCACUUGCUAAUACAAAGUACCAGUGCUAAUACUUCUA